AUGAUUCGACGUGUUUACACCCACCCUAGCCAAGAUCACACAAAGCGUCAAUUCUGUGGAUUCUGUGGCACGCCGCUAUCAUACUGGUCCGAAGAGCCCAGGAGCGAGGCCGAAUAUAUCAACCUCACAUUAGGCAGUCUGCUUCAAGAAGACCUCCAGGACUUGGAGGACCUGGGACUCAUUCCAGAAGAGGGCGAAAGCGAGCCAGAGGAAAAGCGGGCGGCCAGCCCAAAUCGCGGCAUUGCCCUGCGACAUUCCUUUGGAGUACCAUGGUUCGAUGGCAUGGUGGAUGGCACAAGACUGGGUAGAAUGCGUCGCACGCAUGGGAUUCGACGCUCAGACGAUGGUACAGUCAAGGUUGAGUGGGAGAUCAUUGAGGAGUCGGAUGGGCUGGAGAACGAUGUUGAAAUGGAGACAGGCUCUGCGUCGGGGAAGCGAAAGUUGCAGGACCGAGAUGGCUAG